UUCAUGUUAACAGUAUUUCAGCCUCAGUGGAAACUGAACCUGGAUCAAAUAGAAACCUUCUAUAAAGAGCUACACAUUCAUAUUUCCCAUCAUUAAUGCUGCAUGUUUUGGUCUGUAGUCUACAAUUACAACAGCCUGUCGCAUUAUAUUGUUUUUCAGGACAAUAAUGCCCCCCACCCCCAUUUAUAGGAUUAUUGAAAUCGAUAAUAUGCAAUACUAAUGAUGCUAAAUUCUGCUGCUUCACUGUGAGAAAGAAAUUACAAAUUAUAAUAUCUGACAUUGAAAAUGGAAAAUGUGAAAAAACACCAUUUGUUGGCCACAUACCUCUACCAUCCACUACAUACUUUUUUUUCUUUUUUCUUUUUUUUUGUGUGGGGGGCGGAUGGACAACCCCCGUCCUACGGAGUCAGCCUCUCCCAGUCGUUGUGCCAAUAUCGAUUGGUUCUUCCACCUGUGGGGCGGUACUUAGGUAGAAGUAACACCGGUAACAGUGAGUUAGCCACGAACAUAAACUGCUCGGAGCAGUUUGGAGACGCAGCAUAAAUGAGCAUGGCAGCAGACCCCGGGUAAAUCCUAUCCACCUUUCGUAGUACAGGUUAACCAGGAAGUUACACCUGACGCCACCAAGUUACUCCUGAAGUUACCCUGAUAAGCCAGUGACCUCGCUUCGUAGUACAGGCCUCAGGUCAUCUUGCUUUUAAACAUCAGAAAACUCACAGAGAAGGAGACAAUGAAUAACACAUCUUGUCCUAGUAUCAGCUUUGACUUUUACAGGAGAUUCCUGCCUGCUGCUUACAUUUUAGUAUUCAUCAUUGGUCUGGCAGCUAAUGUAUGGGGAUUGAAAUCAUUGCUGCAAAACUGGAGGACACUAAAGAUCAUCAGUGUCUUUGUUCUCAACCUUGGAUUUACAGAUAUUUUGUAUCUGGUCACACUACCAUUUUUAAUGGUGUACUACUUCAUGGACAGUAAAUGGAUCUUUGGAGAUAUAUUCUGUAAGAUAACAAGAUUCUGCUUCAACCUGAAUCUAUAUGGCACUAUUGGCUUCCUUACUUGUAUAAGUGUGUCCAGGUAUCUGGCUGUUGUCCAUCCAAUACGAGUGAUGGGAAGAAUAACUGUCACCCAUGCUAAGGCUGUCUCAGUCAUGGUUUGGCUGUUGGUGGGAGUUCAGAGUCUUCCAGACAUGUUCUACACCAAGACAAUUGGAAACACCACUGAGAAAUGCUUUGAGACCACCUCUGAAGCCCAUGUUGAGGAUUAUCUGAAAUACAGCCUUGGAUGGACAUUCACUGGGUUUUGUAUCCCAUUCCUAAUCACAGUGGGCUGCUAUGGACACAUAGCUGUAGUUUUAUGGACAAUGAAGACAACUAAUGAGAUAAAGAAAGAGAGAGUUUUGAGCUUGUUGUUUAUUUUGAUCCUUCUCUUCUCUGUUUGUUACAUCCCCUAUCAUUUAUUAAAAAACCUAAAUCUCUGGUCAAGAGUUCUGUCCAAACGUAAGAUAUGCCAUAAAUGGGCUGACAGAGUCUUCAUCGCUCAUCAGAUAAGUCGUGGUCUUGUGUGUCUGAAUGGUGCUCUCAACCCUUUGAUUUAUUUCCAUGGAAAUAGAGAUAUUCCUGCUCAGCUCAGACAGCUGCUCCAGCGAGCUCGUCAAACUGUCAUGUGCCCGUCUAUUACCCAAAGUCAAAAUACCCUGACGUAAAUAUUCUGAUAUGUAAAUAAAGUUGAACAGUUGAAUCAUCUGUAUUGUACUGUAACAUCUGCCACCAUAACAUAUUUACUGUACUGGCUCGUGGUUUUCAGUUAUGUUGUCGCUAUAUUGCUCUUCAUAUCAGAUUUUUGGAGCAUGUUAAAAAAAGUAAAUUAAUUUAAACAGUUCUGACAUGUGUCUGUUUAUUCUCAGAUAGAUUUACAACCACAUUGUGGUGGGGAGUGCUAUGCAGGGUUUGAAUGUUACAGUACAACAGAGAGUUUUCAGUUUUGUUUUUUUUCGAUUAUAAUGUCAUGGCAACAGCUUUUACUUCUGACAUUUCAUUUUCCUGCUGCCUCAUAAUGUAUUCUACCUGCAAAUAUUGCUGUCUGUGGUUAUUAAAGGUCUGUAAAGGUGAGUCUGUGACAAACUAUUGAGUGCUCAACACACUGUCAGUGGUGGAAAACAAAAUGAAGAAAAAUGAUAUAUGAAAUGAUAUGGAAUGGAAAAGAAUGACUUCAGAUUCACGUUCAUGUAUUUGUACUGGAAGUUACUGUAUAACCUGAGUCAAACACAAUGUGCCUGUAGAGAAAGCAAUACAUAUUUCCAAAAUUUAGGGAUUCUUUUAAAGUGUGAAAAUAGCAAUAAUUUUAAUUAUGUCUGGAUUGAGAAGAUAAAAGAAUGUACUGGCUGAUAAAGCCCUUUUGAAACCCCACUGGAUGACUAGGCUAUCUUAAAGGUUCUCUGGGGAGUUUUUGUCCUCCAGUAAUGCUUGUUUUUUCAUGACUAUGUCCUUGUUUUGCUUGUAUUGUCAACAUGCAAGGGGAUGCAUGUAGGUAGGUGACGCAAUACACAUUCUUGGAAAUGGUUCCACUGAAAUGCCUUGAGAUCACCUCUGAAGCAUAUGUUGAGGAUUACCUGAAAUAGCAGCCUUGGAUGAUGAGACAAAGAAACAAAGAGUUUUGAGCUUGUUGUUUAUUUUGAUCCUUCUCUGUUGGUUACAUCC